UCCUAAACUCUAUGACAUGUCUCCAUUUGCUUUGAUGUUUGAAUGACUAUAUAAAUAGCAGGAUAGCCCGCCGUAAUUGAAAUAUGAUUGCAAACACAUCACGUAUCAUGCCUGCAAGCAGUCAAUCUCCUAAGUCCACGACGACAAAUUUGAGACACCUUUUUUCCCAUUCUUCAAGGGUCAGUAUUCAAACUCCUUUCUAGUAACUAUAAUAAUAUACUCAUACUAGAAAUAUAGUCUCCUAGGGGUUUUCUACCCUUAACUACAUUUCCCUAAUGGCUGACAAAAUUUCCAAUCUCGAGUCGCUUACGGGCGAUAUAAAUCAACAACAUACAUCCCUACUACUGAAUCAACCACUCGACAUCUUAUUUGAGCUACAUCGUUUUCUCCCACCUGAGUCUUGUGCAGCUUUUGCCCUAACCUGUAAAUCAGCAUACCUCACACAUUCCUAUAUCAUGGCAAAGAAAGCUCGUCAAGACUUAGAGAACCCUCAAAUCUUACCAGAAAGGACGUCUUAGCCGGGAUUUUUAUGUACGGAUUUAUACCGGUACUUAUUUUUCUGGGUGUUCCUCGACAUCCUGAAAAGUGCCUUGGAUCUGCGGGAUUGUUUAGUCCAAGGUGAGGGUUUAACCUUGAUCAUUGAGGGGGAGAUAUUUCUACAUGGUUCGCAUCGGCGUGUCUUGUAUCUGAUCGAAGGGGAGAGUCAAACCUCAGGCUCGGGGGCCGUACAUAAAUUCACAUGUUAUAGCUCGAGGAUGAUGACAGAUGUUCUAGCAAUAGCUCUAGAUAUAUAUCCCCAUAGAAAUAGGUAAUAGGAGAAUGAAUUAGGUAAGCGGAACUAUUCAAGGAGGUCUUAAAAUUGAAAAAUAGUUAAAAGUAGCUAGGUAGAUUUAUAUCAUAUUUUUACAAAUGAUGGCAUGAGUAUCAUAAAAAUAAUAUUAUCUCGAAACAGCGCUUGAAUAUCGUUGUUGAU